UUGACAUUUGUUGUGUGUGGCUGGCCGGAGUUAAUUCAUUUGGUGCGGCUUUAAUUGAGUUUAAGUUUCUACCGCUUUCUACAACUAAUCAACAUAAUAAUUUAGAAAGAAUAUCGCCCAAAGUAUCUGCUCAAAAUGGAUAUUAAAUCAUUUUUAUAUACUUGGUGUGCUAAGAAAGGCUUAACUCCGCUUUUCGAUAUCCGGGCCACAGGUCCUAAACACCGCCAACGCUUUCUGUGCGAAGUCCGCGUCGAAGGAUUUUCAUAUUUAGGAGCUGGAAACUCUACCACCAAAAAAGAUGCACAGAUGAACGCCGCUAAGGACUUUGUUAGUUAUCUAGUUAGAGCGGGGCAAAUCCCACAGGCUGAUGUUCCUGAAGAUGUGAAGGCAAAGGCAAUUGAGGAAUCUACUAAUGAAGAAUCUGUCGAGAAUAAUGGUGGUCAACAACCUAAGCAAGUCUUUCAGGAUGGAAUGGGUCCAGAAGUUAUAGGACCAGCGUACCAAGCUUAUGGAGGUGAAAAUGACAAGAAAUUUUCAUACAUAGAUCGCAUGCAACAACAGAAAAAUGUUGAAGAAGCUGAAGAUCUGGACAUAAACUCCAGUCUCCAUGGCAACUGGACAAUGGAGAAUGCUAAGUCAAAACUUCAUCAGUUUUUACAGAUGAAUAAAAUAAAUGCAGACUAUGUUUACAAAGCAGUUGGACCUGAUCAUACACGGAGUUUCGCCUGUGAGCUAACAAUAUAUGUGAGUCAAUUGGGACGCAAUGUCACCGGUCGGGAGACCGCCUCAAACAAGCAAACCGCCAGCAAAUCAUGUGCACUGUCGAUCGUGAGACAGCUAUACCAUCUUGGAGUCAUUGAGGCAUACAGCGGUACGCUAAAAAGGGACAGAUCCUCAGAGGGUAUUAUGAAACCAUAUCCAGUUGCUAUAUGCCCGGAACUUGAACAACAAUUAGAAGAUACCUUACAAGAAUUAGAAAUCGAGCCAGUUAAUGUCGACGCACCAAGCCAAGAUAACCAAGAGGGGAGUGCUGUGACUCUGUUGCAAAAAGAUCGCGCGAAGGCUAUGAGAGAAGCAAAGCCUAUGCCGGCUGGUGUUGUGACGUGGUCUCCUCCGCAGCCGAAUUGGAACGCUUGGACAGGGUGUAACAUCGACGAGGGCGCUUUAGCAACUGCCUCCAUGGACGAGAUUAGCGCUGACCUGGAGAAAUGUCACAGGAAUAUUUGUCAGAAUAGCAAAUUGUACCAGGAAAGCCUCAAUGAAAGAGAACAUUUGCCGGUGUUCUCCAUGAAAUCACAGAUAAUGGAAGCGAUCAACGAGAACCCUGUGAUCAUCAUCCGUGGUAAUACUGGCUGCGGUAAAACUACACAGGUGUGCCAGUUCAUCCUGGACGACUACAUAGCGAGCGGUCAGGGCGCGUGGGCCAACGUGUGCGUGACGCAGCCGCGCCGCAUCUCCGCCGUCAGCGUCGCCGAGCGCGUCGCGGCUGAGAGGUGCGAAGAGCUCGGGAACACCGUCGGGUAUUCAGUGCGUUUCGAGUCAGUGCUACCGCGGCCUUAUGGGUCAAUCAUGUUCUGUACCGUCGGGGUGCUGCUGAGGAAACUGGAAGGCGGUCUGAGGGGUGUCAGCCACGUUUUAGUCGACGAGGUACACGAACGCGAUGCCGAUACGGACUUUGCUCUGAUCUUGCUGCGAGACAUGGCCCACACCUACCCCGACCUGCGCAUCAUUCUCAUGUCGGCCACGGUCGACACCACGCUGUUCGUCAAGUACUUCGGAGGCUGUCCAGUCAUUGAGGUGCCAGGUCGAACGUAUCCAGUAACGCAGUACUUCUUGGAAGACUCGAUAGAGCUGACCAAGUUCAUGCCCCCGCCGAUCACUAGGAAACGAAAAUCUACAGGAAAACGAGCGAAUAAAGACGACGAAGAUGAUGACGACGAGGAUGAUUUGGAUGAGCCUUACGAAGAUUUGAACAAGCAAUGCAGUUUGGGAGACGGAUACUCUCAAGCCACAGUGGACGCUUUACAACAGUUGUCCGAGAGAGAUUUCAGCUUCGAGUUGGUCCAAGCGAUCCUCAUGUACAUCGAUGGACUGGGAGGCGACGGCGCUGUCCUCGUGUUCCUCCCCGGGUGGAACCUCAUCUUCGCGCUGAUGAAGCACCUGUUGCAGCACAGACUCUUUGGAGAUCCAUCAAAAUACGUUAUACUGCCUCUGCACAGUCAAAUACCGAGGGAGGAUCAAAAGAAAGUGUUCAUUACCCCACCGGAAGGGAUCACUAAAGUGAUCCUGUCGACUAACAUAGCGGAGACUUCGAUAACCAUCAACGACGUGGUGUACGUCAUCGACUCGUGCAAGGCGAAAAUGAAGCUGUUCACGUCACACAACAACAUGACGUCAUACGCCACCGUCUGGGCCAGCAAGACCAACCUCGAACAGCGCAAGGGGCGUGCGGGACGCGUGCGGCCCGGCGUGUGCUUCACGCUGUGCACGUACGCGCGCUACGAGAAACUUGAAGAACAUUUGGCCGCCGAAAUGUUUAGGACUCCGCUACACGAGCUUGCUUUGAGCAUAAAGCUCCUCCGCCUGGGUGCGAUCGGUCACUUCCUGUCGAAGGCCCCGGAGCCCCCGCCGCUGGACGCUGUCAUCGAGGCGGAGGCUCUGCUCCGCGAGCUGGGCUGUCUGGACGCCGAGGACGCGCUCACGCCGCUCGGGACCAUCCUGGCCAAGCUGCCGAUAGAACCUCGCCUCGGCAAAAUGAUGGUGUUAGGCUUCGUGCUUGGCGUUGGAGACGCCCUGACCACGAUGGCGGCUAACUCUACAACGUUCCCGGAAAUAUUCGUGCUCGAAGGCCGGAGGAGACUGUCGAUGCACCAGAGAGCCCUGGGCGGAGACCGGGCCUCUGACCACGUGGCCAUGUUGAAUGCUUUCCAGAUGUGGGAGAGAGAACACAACAAAGGCGAAGAGGCAGAGCUACGGUGGUGCGAAUGGAAGGGCGUACAGCAGACCACGCUGCGUGUUACUUACGAGGCUAAACAUCAAUUAAUAAAUAUCCUCACGACCGCAAUAGGCUUCAACGAAGAAUGCUGUGUUCCACAACGUUGGAUGCCGAACGGACCGGACCCAACUUUGGACUUAGUCAUAGCCCUCAUGUGCAUGGGCCUGUACCCUAACGUUUGUCUACACCAAGGGAAGAGGAAGGUAUUAACGACGGAAGGGAAACCGGCAUUGAUACACAAGACCUCAGUGAACUGCAGCAACAUGGAGCAGAAGUUCCCCUCGCCUCUGUUCGUUUUCGGCGAGAAGGUGCGCACCCGGGCCAUCAGCUGCAAGCAGACCACCAUGGUCGCUCCCAUACAUCUGCUGCUCUUCGGCUGUAACAAAGUGGAAUGGGUGGACAACGUGGUGCGGCUGGACAACUGGCUGAACUUCCAGAUGUCGCCGCGAUCGGCCGCCCUCAUCAUAGCGCUGCGGCCCGCCAUCGAGAGGAUCGUGGAGCGCGCGGCGGCCCAACCCGACGCGGCGCUGCAGUUCUCGCCGGCAGAGCGAAAGGUGGUAGAAUGUCUGCGGGAGCUUUGUGUGACGGACGCCGGUGACUACAACAUAAAACGAGACGUCAACAUGCCAUCGUUCCGAUCCGAAGGUCCAAAACGAUCCAUGAGAGGAUGGGGAACUAACGGACCUCGAAGUGGUUUUGGUGGUGGAGGGACCACAGGCAGAGGCUUUACCCAAGGAUUAGGAAACCAAGGUGCUUUCGGGACGCGCUUCGGAAAUGGUGGUAUCAGCACUCAAAGCAGUCAAGGCGGUUUUUGGAAUCAAGGUGGCAACUUUGGCGGAAGAGGCGAUUUUAAUAGCGGCCGUGGAAGUUUUGGUAACCAAGGAAGCUAUGGUAACCAAGGAAGCUAUGGUAACCAAGGAAGCUAUGGUAACCAAGGAAGCUUCGGUAACCAAGGUAGCUUUGGUAACCAAGGAAGCUUGGGUAACCAUGGAAGCUUUGGUAGUUCUAGGGGAUCCGGGUUCGGUAACAGAAAUCAGGGAAACUCUAGUUGGACACAACGUUAUUAAUCUAUUAUUCUGUAUAGAUUUUAUAUUCCAUUGUACCACGAAAUGAUUACCAUAACGUUGGGCGGGUUAAUAUCGUCCCGAACUAGCAAUAUUACGUAGCUUAUAAGUCUAUAAACUUUGGUUUGAUUGUUCGACUGUGAAAUAAAAACAACAUCUA